UCCAGCUGCCAUCGCCGUAUCACCCACACCAGUGACACCACUACAUUUCCAAUUUCCUCCCCUCUAAAUAUAUUUAAUAUUUGAAAACCAUCCUAUUUCGCAUGAAACGCUUCUUCUUUGUCCCCUUCUCUCCCUCCUCUUCAAAUUUUCACUUCCAAACACAAGACUCCCUCUCUCUCUCUCUGAAUCUGACCCCUUCCUCUUCUUCCUCCCUUAUCCUCCACCCACUCUCUGCUUAUCCUGCGCCAUUUCAAACACCAACCCAGAAAAGAAAUAAUGGGAAAGGGCGGGUCUCUGAGCGAGAGCGUGGUGAAGAAGAUCCUCCUCUCGUACGCCUACGUCGGCGUAUGGAUCUUCCUCAGCUUCACCGUCAUCGUUUACAACAAGUACAUCCUCGACAAGAAGAUGUACAACUGGCCCUUCCCCAUCUCUCUCACCAUGAUCCACAUGUCUUUCUGCUCCUCCAUCGCCUUCCUCCUCGUACGCGUCUUCAAGCUCGUCGAGCCCGUCUCCAUGUCCCGCGAUCUCUAUCUCUCCUCCGUCGUCCCCAUCGGCGCUCUCUACGCCCUCUCUCUCUGGCUCUCCAAUUCCGCCUACAUCUACCUCUCCGUCUCCUUCAUCCAGAUGCUCAAAGCCCUCAUGCCGGUCGCCGUCUACUCGAUCAGUGUUUUGUUCAAGAAGGAGGGCUUCAAGACCGACACCAUGGCCAACAUGCUCUCGAUCUCCUUCGGCGUCGCCAUCGCCGCCUACGGCGAGGCCAGAUUCGACACCUGGGGAGUCAUUCUCCAGCUCGGUGCCGUCGCGUUCGAGGCCACCAGGCUCGUCAUGAUCCAAAUCCUUUUGACGGCGAAGGGAAUCUCGCUCAAUCCAAUCACCUCGCUCUACUACGUCGCGCCUUGCUGCUUCGUCUUCCUCCUCGUGCCGUGGAUCUUCGUCGAGUACCCGGUCCUCAGGGAGACCUCGAGCUUCCACUUCGAUUUCGUCGUCUUCGGGACCAACUCGCUCUGCGCCUUCGCCCUCAACCUCGCCGUGUUCUUGCUCGUCGGGAAGACCUCCGCGCUGACGAUGAACGUCGCCGGCGUCGUCAAGGACUGGCUCCUCAUCGCAUUCUCCUGGUCGGUGAUCAAGGACACCGUCACGCCGAUCAAUCUGUUUGGGUACGGCCUCGCCUUCCUCGGCGUCGCGUACUACAACCACUCCAAAUUGCAGGCGCUCAAGGCCAAGGAGGCGCAGAAGAAGGCUUCUCAGGCCGACGAGGAGGCCGGGAGGUUGUUGGAGGAGAGAGAAGGAGAUGGAAAGAGGAACGAGUCUCAAGACUGAUUUCCACAGAGUAUUUAAUUUUUCUUCUUCAAUUCUCUAUCACAAAUUUGAGCCAGAUUAAACAAUAAUAAGAGCAAAUUGAACGAGGAUUAUAUGAAGGUGACGAAAUUCUUUCCAGAUUUCCAGAUUUGGAUGGGAAAACAAAUUGGGUUGGGUAUGUUGUUCUAGAUCUCGGCUUCUUAUGUUAGUAGUGACCUCUUUUUUCCUUUUUUCCUUUUUUUUUUCCCUUAUUCUUUUCUCAGCACUCCAAUAUUAGUGAUGUUUGGGAUUUGGGAUUUGCAUUUGUUGCUUAUGCUGCCAAGCACGUAAUGCUAGUUGAGUCAGAAUCUCAAAAUGCCCUAAUUUUUUCUUACUACAUCAGUGUAUUUCCUCUGCUUAUUUAUGUUCAUGUAGAAACUCCUUCCUAGAAGGUUUAAUGCUAUUUAUUGAUACUCAUCAUCUUUUCUUUUUUCUUUUUCAUUUAA